CAUGCAUGGAUCCAGUCCCGAAUUAACAAUGAGGCGAUCAACAACGUAACAGUGACCCGAAAAGAUUAAUUUAACAUUUAUUCACUUAGAAAUUAGGAAUUAAUAAAAAUGGCUAUUGAAUUGCGAUUGAUCAAAGAUGAUUCUGCAACUUCAUGGGGAUUUCGUUUAGUGGGUGGUGCAAAUUUUGAAAUACCACUAAGCACUAUCAAGGUUGUGGAAAAUUCGAUAGCUGAAGAAUGUGGUUUACAAGUCGGAGAUGUUAUUGUAAAAAUUAACGAUGAUGACAUUACUGCUUUGACACACGCGCAGGCUCACGAUAGAAUAAUUCAAGCUGGAAAUGAAUUAACAUUCACAAUAAUAAGAUGUGAAAUUUCGGACGUUUUGCGUUCUUUAAUUAAUGAUGAACAAGAAGAAAUUGAAGAUGUUAACCACGAAGUUGAAAGUUUACUAGAAGGUUCUGUUCCUAUUGAUUAUCCGGAGAAAACAAUUGAAGAUCUUAUCAGAGAUACAACUGAAGCUGAAUGUGCACUGCCUAAACACGACUUAAAUUUAACUGAUGAAGAUAUACACAAUAUUAUUAAUCCGGAAAUUGUCACGAGGAAAGAAAAAUGUGAGAUAAAACCAAUCGGACCUCCUGCAAAGGGUAAACUUGAAGCGCCACAAGUUUUACAACCGGAAGUUCAAGAAAAUAUAGUGGCCAAAGCAGAAAUUACAACAGAAAAUGUAAAAUUUAUGCAAUCGCAAGUAAUUCAAGAAAUAAAUAACAAUUUAAGAGACGGUAACACUGAUGGUGAAAAAAGGUGGUCAACGUUUCUGCAAAAACCGCAAAGGGCAGCACCUCUACUAAAACCACAAUUUCAAGUUCAAAAGUCAACUUACAGAGUAAAAAUUCGCACUAAAAAAGAUUUGGAAGCAGAACGAAUUGCUAAACAACUGGAAUUGGAAGCUGAAGCUCUUAGACAACAAAAACUAGCUGAACAGGAAGCUUUGGGAGAACAAGGAAUUAAAAAGGAAGAAAACGAAUCUUCUGACGAUGAAAUAUCAUCAGAUUCAAGUUUUACUUUUUCGGAUAGUGAUAAUAUCACUGAGAGUACAAUUACUUUUACACCUAGUGGAACUGAACCAACAAUUUCAUUCACAGAAAGUUUAAAUUCUUUGGAAGAAAAACUUGAACAAGUAAAAGAACAGCUGCAAAUCUACAAUGUCGAAUUAGUGCCGGACGCAUUACAGAAAAUGUUAACCAAAAUUGCGUCGCAGUUAGAAAAAAUUGUCAAAGUUGUGAAACCGCAAGCACAAAACCUUCCGGUUCAAAAUGGCGACGCUACAGACGACGAUAAUUACGAUGAUUUUAGCGACGACGAUGACGAAAGCAGUAUCGCAAGUUUCGAUUCACGCAUCAGUUCGCCAACACCGUCAACGCCUUCAUAUCAAGGCACUGAGCCCACAUUGACGUUUACUUCCUACUCGAUAAUGAGUGAUCCACCAUCGCCAUCAACUCCAGAGGGCACCGAACCAUCUCUGACUUUCAGCGACGGCCAUGACGAUGUCGCCGAGUGUGAUCGUACAGAGUAUGACGUGACGGAGAUGCAGGAAUAUCAAGAGGAUGUCAAGAUUGAUGAUCAAAACGUCACAAAGGAGGAAAAAACGAAUAAAAAAGAAAAGGCGUCAAAAAUGGAUAGUGAACCACAAGGACCUCUCGUGCGACCAAUUAUUUUGCCCGGUGGGCGGAAGUGGUGCGCGCCGGAUGAUGCCACCCGCGGCGCCUCCACCCGUCGCCAUGCUAGUCUGACGGACGAGCGUAUCGACGCGACCAUCAGUUCGUUUUAUGAAAAAAUCGACGGCAAAACCGUCGGAAUUAACUUCCUGAAGUACCAACCACCGCCAAAGAACUUAGACCACUUGAAAAACUCCGAGGUUUACAAAAUGGUGCACAACAUGGGGCCAGAUACAGACACAGGCAUCUUCACUCGACCUGAAAAAGUUAUAUCCGGGCAGGAUUAUCACACGAAUACCAAUUCUGGAUCACCUAUACAAUUUUAAAUGGAAACGGAGAUUCAUAUUAAAUUUAUUCAUAAAUUAUUAUAAUAAGUUAAAAAUUUAACUUCAUAUGUAAUUACUGUUUGAGAAUUACUUUGAAUAUCUACGAGUUGAAACUUAUAGAAAAAUAUUCUAUACUUUAAUAAAUACUAGAAGUUCCGGGAUACUUUGAACUCCCUCAUCAAUAAAUGUUGUUAAAGAUUAAUAA